AUGAAUUCCGUAGGUUCUUCUGGAUUUGCUCUUCUCUUUUGUUUAGCUUCGUUUGCUUUUUCGAUUUCGGAUUAUCAUUCUGUAACUCGAUUAGGAUUCAAGAAAACUAUACGGGUUCAGUUCGGAUUUGAGGUAGCCAUUGGGGUUAAUUUUCGAAGAUUUAACUUCAAUUUGGAAAAGAAAGCUGGUUAUAUUCCUCUUAUUGAUCGUGGGUGCCCAUUUCAGGGAAAAACUCCAAGAGAUUUGACCGAGGCAUCACUAUCAGGUGCUGGAAUUUCCAUCAUAGCAGCUAUUUCCAUGAUUUUUUUGUUUGGAAUGGAGUUACAAAACUUUCUGGCCAUCAGUACCUCAUCAGCUAUCGUAAUUGAUAAAAGCUCUAUUGACGACUCCUUACGCGUCGACUUUAACAUCAGUUUCCCAGUUUUAUCAUGCGAGUUUGCAUCCGUGGAUGUGAGUGAUGUCGUGGGAACGUACAGGUUAAACAUAACAAAAACAGUUCGCAAGUACUCAAUCAGUGAGCAUUUACAAACAAAUGGCUUCGAGUUUGAUUAUGAGCCAGUUACUCAUACGGUUAAGCAUGAUGACAAGGUUGAUGAGGGAUAUGGUGAAGGAUCUGUCAGACUAAAUGAGCGUAAUUUUGAUAGAAUUACUCAUAUGCAUCCAAUUGUGGUUGUAAAUUUUUAUGCUCCCUGGUGCCACUGGAGUAACCGCCUGAAACCCUCAUGGGAGAAAGCGGCCAAAGUUAUGAGACAGAGAUAUGAUCCAGAGCAUGAUGGGCGAAUCAUUGUCGGAAGUGUUGACUGCACGAAAGAACCUGAUCUGUGUAAAAGGCAUCACAUACAAGGUUAUCCAUCUAUUCGCAUCUAUCGUAAGGGCACGGAUGUUCAUGAUGCCCAUGGAAUCCACAUUCAUGAAACAUAUUAUGGAGACCGAGAUACUGAUAGCUUGGUUCUUAAAUUGGAUGCCUUGGCUUCAUCCAUUGUUGUCGAUGCCAAACGUUCUUCUGGUGUGACAGUUGAUAUUACGAAAAGACCUACACCACCUCAUGAAGGUUGUAGGAUCGAAGGAUUUGUAUGGGUCAAGAAGGUUCCCGGAAACCUUAUUGUCUCAGCGAGUUCAGGAUCCCACUCAUUUGAUGCUUCACAGAUGAACAUGUCGCAUGUGAUUUCGACCUUCUCUUUUGGUUCGACAAUUACUCCAAUGAUGAUGAGUGAUAUGAAGCGGUUAGUACCUUACCUUGGUGGAGGCCGUAACCGGUUGGAUGGCAAAACAUACACGACCAAGCCAGAAUCUGAUGCAAACGUUACAAUAGAACAUUAUAUUCAAGUCGUGAAGACGGAGGUUUUGGGUUUGUCUAAUCAAUUGAUCGAGGAUUACGAGUACACAGCACAUACUAGUCUGAUACAAGCUCAUUCCAUCCCAGCCGCAAAGUUCCAUCUCGAGUUUUCACCGUUGCAGGUUAUGAUCACGGAAAACCCGAAGUCAUUUUCUCACUUCAUCACCAACCUCUGUGCCAUCAUCGGUGGUGUGUUCACAGUUGCCGGAAUAUUGGAUUCCAUUCUCUACAACACGUUUAAACUGGCGAAAAAGGUCGAACUGGGGAAGAACUAUUAGGUCGAAGCCCGGAAAAGAAUCAGUUUUAAAGCCAUUUCUAGUGAAGAUUACUAACUUUCCCGUUGAAUAUGGAACCUAAUUUAGCCAGUAUAACCUAAGUAAUCGAGUACAAAGGCAUUAGCCGUCAGCCCGUGAUCUAGAUUUUGUAAGAAACUAGCUCCACUGACCGUUAAUUAAG